GCGUCACAUUUACUUGCGGUCGUAGGUGAAAUAUUUAGCGGGAGAUCCCAAAAAUCAACAUAAAAGAGGUCGGCCUGUUUUUCUCUUUAAAUGACCACAUAAUCAAACCUGAUUUACAACAUAUUGUACAAAUAAGAGAUACGUCAUGUUUUCAGACGUGAUUGUGCCUAAAGACACGCUGUUAAAUCCUCCGAAUUACGAGGAGCCUGUGUUUGACCGUCAUGAGCCUUCAUACAGCGGCUGCUCGGAGCAUUUUCGUAUCGGCGACCGCAGCUUCAGCCGCCAGUACGCGCACAUCUACGCCACGAGACUCAUGCAGAUGAGACCAAUCCUCAACAACAGAGCCAUACAGAAGUGGGGUUCUGACGUGCCCAUAAGAAAACUUUGCGACCUGCAGAUGGGUGAGCACUGUAUAAUAGUGGGCACUUUAUUUAAACACAUGGAGCUGCAGCCCUCCAUCCUGAAGGAGAUCAGUGAGGAGCACAAUUUAUUGCCCCAGCCCCCACGUACAAAAUACAUCAGCCAAUCAGAUGAGCUUAUUCUGGAGGAUGAACUGCAGAGGAUUAAACUAGAGGGGAAUAUAGACACACCUAAAUUUGUAACUGGAAGUGUAAUUGCCAUCAUGGGUGCUGAGAAAAAUGAUGGUAAAUUCACUGUUGAAGACUACUGUUUGGCUGAUCUUCCUCCACAGGCAACCAGAAAGCCUCCUAGCUCUGACAGGUUUGUGCUUCUCGCCUCUGGUCUGGGGUUGAAUGGCAGCGGAGCAGACAGCAUGAUGGGAUUGCAGCUUUUGAUUGACAUGGUAACCGGUCAUCUUGGCGACCAGGGGGAGCAAAAUGGAGCAGCUUCCAUUUCCAGGGUCAUAUUAGCUGGAAACCUGUUGAGUCAGAGCACUCAGGACAAAGACUCCACAACAAAGGCUAAGUACCUGACUAAGAAGACUCAAGCUGCAAGUGUGGAUGCUAUCAGGCUGCUGGAUGAGCUCCUUGUUCAGCUAGUAGCCUCUGUACCUGUGGAUAUCAUGCCUGGCCAAUAUGACCCAACAAAUUACACCCUACCUCAGCAGCCUCUGCACCGCUGCAUGUUUCCUCUUUCUGUACCUUACCCUACCCUGCAGCUGGUCAGCAACCCAUACCAAGCCAUCAUAGAUGAUGUCCGGUUCUUGGGCACAGCAGGACAGAAUGUCAGUGAUAUUGCAAAGUACAGCAGUGUGGACGAUCACUUGGAAAUCCUUGAGAGCACACUAAGACUCCGUCAUUUGGCUCCCACCGCUCCGGACACACUGGGUUGUUACCCAUUCUACCAGAAAGACCCUUUUAUUCUGGAAGACUGCCCCCAUGUGUACUUCAGUGGAAAUGCUCCCAGCUUUCAAAGUAAACGGAUCACAGCACCUGAAGGUCAAGAAGUUCUCCUGGUAGCAAUCCCCGAGUUCAGCAGCACACAGACGGCCUGUCUGGUGAACCUGAACACAUUAGAAUGUGAACCCAUCUGCUUCUCAUCAUUUUCUACAGAGGAUGAUGAGGAGAACGAGAUGAAUAUCAGCCAUUAAACGCUCCAACAUAUGACACUUGUUACUGUAAACUUGCCUUGAAUUAAUACUGGUAGCUUAUGUGAGGAUUGUUAUGUUAAUAAAGAACCCUGUUUUGUAC